CCCAUGCGCAUGCGCCCCGGGGGCCAGGGAGGAGCGCAACUCCAGCUGUCUAUGGGCGACAAGGGCUCAACGGCCGGCGAUGGCUUCUCCUUCUCCUCCUCCUCCUCCUCCUCUUCUGCCCCCGCGGAGCCUGCCUUUGCCCCGGCAGCAGUCGCUGGCCUCCCCGACGGUGCUCAACCCCUUCGUACAGGAGGCGCGCCUGGAUAAGCCGGCCAAGACCCGGGCUAUCCUCUUUGGCCUUAUCCUGGUCCCAUUGCGAGUCAUCGGCAUGUUGCUCACUUUGCUAAUGGCCUGGCCCUUUGCAUUGCUGGCAACUUUCGGCGCCCCGGAGAAGGGGACGAUGCCACUUCAGGGAUGGAAAAGGAAACUCUCCUAUUCCGCCCUCACCUUUCUUGGCCAUGUCCUUUUCAUCGUGAUGGGCUUCUGGGUCAAAGUGAAGGGCAAAGUCGCCAGUCCCAAAGAGGCACCAAUCCUCGCAGUCGCCCCUCAUUCGAGUUUCUUUGAUGGCAUCGUCUGUGUUGUGGCCGGUUUGCCGUCAACGGUGUCGAGGCAAGAAAACCUUAUGGCACCCUUUCUUGGUAGAAUCCUCAACUCACUCCAACCUGUAGUAGUAUCUCGAGUUGACCCUGAUUCGCGGAAGAAUACGAUAAAUGAAAUAACGAGACGAGCGACUUCCGGAGGCCAGUGGCCCCAGGUAUUGGUUUUUCCAGAGGGAACAUGCACAAAUCGUUCCUGUCUGAUCACUUUUAAGCAAGUAAUAUUAGUAGCCAAUGAACACUAUAAGGUAAAGACAUCUCGCUUUCCCUUCCAGUUCCUCCCUGUCCACAUUCCAACCGAGGAAGAGAAGCACGACCCGAUCCUUUUUGCCAACCGAGUCCGUAACAAAAUGUCCAGUGCUUUGGGUGUCCCUGUUACGGACCAUACAUACGAAGACUGCAGGCUCAUGAUAUCUGCAGGGCAACUGACUUUGCCCAUGGAAGCUGGCUUGGUGGAGUUCACGAAAAUCAGCAAGAAGCUGAAUCUGAAAUGGGACAAUAUCCGAGAGCAGCUGAGUCAGUUUGCAGCCAUCGCCAAUGCCUCCAAAGGCGGCCGGAUUGGAAUCGAGGAGUUUGCCAACUACUUGAAGCUUCCUGUCUCUGAGGUCCUGGGGGAGCUGUUUGCCCUUUUCGACAGAAAUGGAGAUGGUUCUAUAGACUUCAGAGAAUAUGUGAUUGGCUUGUCUGUUCUCUGCAAUCCUGCAAAUACAGAACAGACUAUUCAAAUGGCAUUUCAGCUCUUUGACAUUGAUGAAGAUGGUAUCAUAUCAGAAGAUGAAUUCGCCUUAAUUAUCCGUUCAUCGCUUGGACUUCCUGAUCUUGACGUUUCUAACCUUUUCAAGGAAAUAGAUGCCGACAAGACAAACAAGCUUUCCUAUGAAGAGUUCAAGGAUUUUGCCCUGAAACAUCCUGAAUACGCCAAGCUGUUCACCACGUAUAUUGAGCUGCAGCGCAGCCAGCUAUACACAGAGGCUGAAUUUCAACCUGCCACCACUCCAAAAACUCCAGUUUCAGAGAAGAGCUCCUUGCCAAGGAAUAAAGUCUGUCCUCAAACCCCUGAAGAUGAUCACUCAAGUGCCUCGGAUAAAAAAGAAGACUGAUGUAUUGCCAAGGAUUUCAUGACCGGAAUCACUGGUUUGUUGUGAGUUUUCCAGGCUGUAGGGCCGUGUUCCAGA